CCAGACAGGACUGGAUGAGCAGAGUCACAGAGGACGAUCCUCAGUACUGGAAGUGGUACACUGAGAUCCUUAUGGGCAACCAGCAGGUCUUCAAAGCCAACAUUGAAACACUAAAACAACGCUUCAACCAAACUGGAGGUGUCCACAUUUUCCAGAGGAUGUACGGCUGUGAAUGGGAUGAUGAGACCAAUGAGGUCAAGGGUUAUUAUCAGUUUGGUUAUGAUGGAGAAGACUUCAUAUCAUUUGACCUGCAGACAGAGCAAUGGAUCGCUGCAAAACAGCAGGCUGUCAUCACCAAACAGAAGUGGAAUCAGAACAGAGCUGAGAUAUUAUACAACAAGAACUACCUGACUCAUGAGUGUCCUGAGUGGCUGAAGAAGUUCUUGAACUACGGGAGGAGCUCUCUGAUGAGAACCGAGCGUCCCUCGGUGUCUCUCCUCCAGAAGACUCCCUCCUCUCCAGUCAGCUGCCACGCUACAGGUUUCUACCCCCACAGAGCCGCCCUCUUCUGGAGGAAAGAUGGAGAGCAGCUCCAUGAGGACGUGGACCUCGGAGAGAUCCUCCCCAACCACGACGGGACCUUCCAGAUGAGGGUUGACCUGAAACUGUCCUCCGUCCCUGCUGAAGACUGGAGGAGGUACGACUGUGUGUUCCAGCUGUCUGGUGUGGACGAGGACAUCGUCACCAAACUGGACAAGACCAGGACCAACACGGAGAAGCCUGCUGGCUCCACCUUCAUCAUCAUCAUCAUCGCUGUGGCUGUUCUUGUCGUCAUCAUCGCUGCUGUGGUUGGAUUCAAGGUUUACAGAAAGAGGAACGACAAAUACUCUUCAGUCAAACUCUCUUCUGCUUCUUCUGCUUCUACUGUCGUCUCUGACGUCUCUGAGGAACUGAACCCUAAACCUUGAAGUCGGCGUCCUGCACACAGUGAGUUGCUCCACGUGGACAUAAAC